ACCGCGUUCUGGACGCGCGUUUCUAAGCUCAGCGUCGAAGCGUGGGACUCGCCGAUAAGCGCAGCUGCCGUCAAAGCAACGGACUUCAACGGGACCGUGAUCGUGCUGAGCUGGACCGACUGCUCGGCCGACGACGGAGACAGCCCGCCGGGCGAGUACGCCUGGAAGGUGAAGCAGCUCGAGAUCUUCGAGACGGAGGGCUGGAGGCCCGUUGAGCGCAUGUGGGGUCGGCCCACCAUCCCGCUCGGCACUAACCUCACGGCACGAAUCACGAGCGUUCGCUCCACGCCGACGCCCAAGGGGUCACGCUUCGCCUUUGCUUCCGAGACCAUCCCGUUCGGCGGCGAGUACUCCUGGUGCGAGCCGGCGGCGAUCGUCCUGCCGAUGGACCUCGGCGGCGUCUAUUUUCGCGGAGACACGUGCCCGCUCGCACCGGGCUCGCACGUCGCAGACGUCACCCUCAAGCUACCUCCGGCCCUCCCUCUCGGCCAACUCAAGCUGCUGGGCAUAGACCAAUCCAGGCAGCGCACGAAGGUCCUAGGCCCCGACGGAGGCCUCCUCGCUUGCAUCCGGACCAACGGCCGGCUCGUCACCAAGGAAGCGUCGGCGUCGUUCAACUUCAUCCCGCAGAUUAACGUGCCGGAUCUGCGCCGCAUUCCGUGGGGAUAGGCACACGAGUGUAGGCUGUAUUGUAGUAGAAGAGAUGCACUUGAUCGGAGGAUUGAACCACAGCUAGUAGGAGCACAGGGCGAGCUCGCUGGCACUAUCUUGCAAUCCUGCAAAGGGGGGAAAGGCCGCGUCGCGAGUGCGUCACUUGAAUUUUUUCGGACGCUGACAUUUUUUGUCGUUUUC